UUUUUUAUUUUGACAUACUACAUACUUAAUAUUGAUUUGAUGAUUAUUGAUCAAAUGAACAAUGAUUUACAAAAUAAACAGUUGGCCGUAUUUAGUGUUUAGGAAUAUACUCAACGACAUUAAAAGUGAUAUCCACUAAAAAUAAUAUCUUCAACUUGAUAUUUUGAAAAACUGGUAGGUAUUCUCACUGGAUGAUAAGGCUCAUAUUAUGUAGCUUUAUAGUGUUCUCAUUACCUUAUACAUUGACAUUUAUGAUUUCCUUGUAGACAUGGAACAUUAUCAACCUCAUUUAAGGGUUAUCCUGUUGGUUAUAUUUGUUGUUUUUUUUACAUAGGCCAACAUUUUGAUGCCCGCUAGUUUUCAACUCUUUCGAAUUUGGUCUAUCAGAUCUACUUUUUGAGAUAUGCUAUAUUAAGCAUUUCUAUACUCAACUUGUGUAGAUAUAUUUUACGUUAUAAUUAUUAAUAUUUCCUGUUAAAAACACAUGGUUUCAAGUAUGCAUUUCAAAAUUUACAUAUAUAGUUCUAUUCGGAUAAUAAGAUUCUAAUUUUGAGUAGGAUUACUAUUUUUGGCUUCAAAAAUAUUUUUAUUUCUUUAUUUUAGGCAAGUAUCAGAACAAAUAUCGAAGAAAUCUCAAAAACUAGAACUGAUAGCAAAAGCUGGUGACGUUUUUGAAAUAAUCACUUCGAAAAUUUAUCCAAUCAGUUGUUGGAUUUCAUUUUGUUGGCCUGUGUUUUCAACAAUUGUUUUUUCUUUAGUAUUGUUGAUAUAUUUAGUGCUUACCAUACCCAAAUUUUCCCUUCUUGUACCUCAACUCAAGUCGAUGUAUUGCAAAUUGAUUCAAUAUAUCUAUUACAAAAACUACUAAUUUUCCGUCUUAGGGCUGCAAAUAUAAAACAGACAUCUUUGGAAACUACGCAUUGCACUUCCACGCCUGUUACAAAGGUAAACAACAGAAGAAAGCCAAGAUAAGGACUUUGAUGCUCAAAGGACACAAUCCACACACACCAAACAUCAAAGGUAUGACGCCAAUUCAUUUGGCGGUGAAAAAUAGCAACUUCGAAGCCUUGGACGUGAUGAUCAUGUAUGGCGGCGACAUCAACAUACGUGAUGCGCACGACCGUACUCCUAUUUUCUACAUCAGUCGUAUUGGAGAUCUGCCUAGGGUGAUGUAUCAUGGUCCGAUGCUAAACGUAGUGGACAUAGAUGGCAACAGUUUGUUGCAGUAUUUGAUCGAACAUACAGCAAAAGUGAAGCGUUUAAACAAAAGGUUACUACCUCUUCAUCGUCUGAUCUACAAAGGAAUCAAUGUAGGGACCAUUAACAAAUAUGGAGAUAACCUUCUGCAUACCUUAGCCAAGCACACCACUGAUAUCUAUUAUUUUGUUGAGCAUAAGCACGAUAUAGCCAAAACACUCUUAGAGCUAGGAGUUGAUGUCAACCAGAAGAAUAUGUUGGGUGAAACGCCACUACAUAUAUGUGUUAUGUACGACUGUCAAUAUACUAGGUUGUUUCUGAAGCAUGGAGGUGACAUGAAUCUGAAAAAUAAGGAUGAGGUGACACCUCUCGAUAUAGCAAUUUCAAGAAGAAAUUCAAGAUGUUUUUGCUUCGACGUGAUGGUUAGGUACUUGGUUCACCGGGUUCAUCAGAGGUUGCCUUGCAAUAAUUCCAAUUUUAAGUUAAUACGUAAAGUAGAUGAAAGGAUAUUUAUCAAUUACCAGCUGUCUGCUUACAAUCUGAAAACAAAAAGAAUCAUCAAGACCGAUCCCAGAACCUAUUACAACAUACUGACUGGUACAAAAUUGGAAAUACGAUCUAUCAUCAAUAAUCCUAAGAUGAGGAAUGCACUAUGCGUCAGUGAUUUGGAAUUUAGUGAAGAAUUGGAUGAAAAAUUAAAAGACGAGUUACAUAAUGAACAUUCAGAAAAAGUAAUAGAGAUCCUAACUGAAGUACUUUGGGAUGUACUGCCUUACUUGUGUAUAAAACAAAUUGUACUAUUUAUGACAGAAAGGGACAUAAAUAAAUUGUUAUUGGAAUAUUUCUGUAGAAAAUGUUAGGAUUUUGAUUUGUUGUUUGUUUAUAUCACAUCAUAUUUUGUGUUAAUUGAAAUUUAUUAUUAUAUUGAAGUUGUUGGGCAAUUUCUGCCCAUUUGCUUCAGAGAAAUUAUUGUAUUCAAUAUUUGUACUACUACCCAUCUGAUAAAACUGAAAUUUAAGAAUCAGUUUUUAAAAUUUUCAAAAGAAUGUUUGUGGAACAUUUCAUUAGUAUUGUAUAGUUGAGUAUAGUUGUAUUUUAUAGUUUAGUAUAGUUGUAUUGUAUAGUUGAGUAUAGUUGUAUUGUGUAGUUGAGAAAAAAUUUUUUUGUAAUGUAAUUCUGGAUAUCUCAGAAACUAUUCGUCAAACUCCAUUGAAAUUUUAUUCAUCAAUAAAAUGAGAAAUGUAUCAAUGUAACUUUUGGAUGAGAAAUUAAUAAAGUGACAAAUAAAGUUGAGUUUUUAAGAA